CACACAAUCUCAUCAGGAAUGGACCUGGACACAGUGUUCGUCUCGCUUCUGCUCACAGCUGUCUUCAGCUCAUCAGCUCCCCGUCAGUAUGAGUUUGUUCAGAUGAAGAUGAACUGCACUGAUGCUCAGAGAUACUGCCGUGAGAACUACACUGAUCUGGCCUCCAUUGACAACAGCGCAGACGUGACCGAGCUGCUGAAGAGGGUGAACGAAUCUGCUGAUUAUGCCGUCUGGAUCGGGCUGAUGGAGACCCUCAGGAGUGAAUGGAAGUGGUCUCUGGGAGACCCUGUGUUUUACACUGCUCAUGAUUCACUGUAUCGCAACUGGGCAUCGAAUCAGACGACCAAUGGUGUGAAUUACUGUGCUUAUAUGAGUCGGGACGGACUGUGGAGUAAUGACAGCUGUAAUAGCCAAAGGUUUUUCGUCUGCUACAGUGACAGCAGUAAAGGAUUCAUCCUUGUGCAACAGUUGCUGAACUGGAGAAAUGCUCAGAGCUUCUGCCGAGCGAAUCACACAGAUCUGAGCAGCGUGAGGAACUCGAGUGAGAACAAGCAGAUUCAACAGCUCAUGAACACGUCAGGAGUCACUGCUGUCUGGAUCGGUCUGUUCAGAGACUCAUGGGAAUGGUCUGAUAAGAGUAAGUCCUCGUUUAGAGACUGGGCAUCCACUGAACCCCAUGGCAAUGAAGGCGCCACAGUGCUUGUGAUGAGUGGAGGGAGAAGGGGACAGUGGGAGGACUGGCCGUGCUAUUCAAAAUUCACCUUUGUCUGUCACGAAGAUCAGUUUAUACUCAUCAAGCAGAAUCUGAGCUGGAGUGAAGCCAUGGUGUACUGCAGACAGAACUAUGUGGACCUGGUGUCUGUGCCCAGCCCUCAGAUCGAGCAGCGGGUGAUGAGCGCAGCGAGAAGAGCCUCGACAGCGGCCGUGUGGAUGGGUCUGCAUCACUACUGCAGCAUGAACAUGUGGCUGUGGCUGCGCGGUGAGGUGGUCUGCUAUCAGAACUGGGCCGCGGGGAAUGGCACCGGACCACAGGACUGCAGCGAGCAGAGAGUCGGAGCCAUUCGGUCAUCUGGAGACCAGCGCUGGGUCAGCCUUCCUGCGACGCUCAGACUCAACUUCAUCUGCACCAACUCUGAGCCUUGAGUGUGUGCUUGCACUGCAAACAAUGAUGUCUCUUUACAAAUACAAAUAUUUAAACUUUCUUAACCUGAA